UUAUCCUGCAGCUAAUAAUAUCUUUCCACAAAAUGAAAAGUAACUUUGUCACCCGUUUCCUACUAUAUUUUGGUAUUACCUUUUCCAUUCUUUCUUAUUGCAGUUGCAGAUGUGGUAAUAAUAGUUCUCGAAAAUACGAAGGCAGUUCAGUUUUCUCUUGCGGAGAUGUGCAUAACAUUCAGUGUCCUUUCACCUUGGAAGGCCAUCCUCAGAACUGCUCAAAUCAUCCAGCCUCGGCAAAACUCUUUUGCAAAAAUAAUAGAACUAUUUUUGUUCUUUCAUCGAGAUUGUUUUAUGUCAUUAGUAUAAAUUAUACAGAUGAGAGUAUUCGAAUAAUUGAUCCAGGUCUUGAUAAAAAUAAUUAUUAUUCGAUGCCUCAACAUUCAUUACCAUCUGCUUUUUUAGGUGUCGAUGGUUAUUCUAUUGAUAAAAAAAUGUUUUAUACUGAUGGAACAUAUGGAGGUUAUAAUUAUAGAUUUGGAAAUGCAGCGGUAGUAUACUUGGAUUGCUCAACGAAUAUAAGCGACUAUCCACCUUAUUACCUCAGCACCUUAACUUAUGUUAAGACUUCCGUCAACAUGUCAUCAUAUGUAAUCCUGGAUCCAACGGCUUCAGAAAUUAAAUAUUCAUGCGAUACUGUUAUUACGUCUUGGAUGCUGCCCUAUGAUGAGACUGAUGUUUAUAUGUCUGACGCAAAUCUAACCAAACAUCUUAGGGAUGCUUAUGGUUCUUAUUUAGAUGUUCAUAACAGAAUGAUGGACGGUUUCGAUAUCUGUUGGACGGACAUUUACUACGCAGAAGAAAUAGGUGCUUUCUGGAGAUUUUUGCGUGAUUAUGGAAAAUACCCAAUUGAUUUUAUUCGCAGAAUGCUGGGCGAUUAUUUGAGGAUGCCCCAUUCCAUCUACGGCGAUAAUGGCUCUCUUCAGAGUUAUGCAAAAGUAUAUCUCACUGGAACACUCAUCAUAAUUGUGCUUCCAAGAUUUAUACUUGCAGCACCAUUCGUGAUCCCGAUUUUGAUUUUUACAUUGAGAAAAAGGAACCGAGCCAUGAACGCAAGUAUCGAAGACUUCUUAGACACCUAUAGAGACCAGAUGCCUAUAAGGUACUCCUACAAUGAUGUCAAGAAAAUGACCAACAAUUUCAAAGAAAAAUUGGGUCAAGGAGGUUUUGGAUCUGUAUACAAAGGAUCUCUUCGUAGUAAUAAUCGUGGUGUUGCAAUUAAGAUCCUUAGCUCAACAAAAGGAGAUGGGCAAGAUUUCGUCAAUGAAGUAGCUACUAUGGGAAAGAUACAUCAUGUGAAUGUGGUAAAACUCAUAGGAUUUGUAGCUGAACGUUCGAAACAAGCUCUUGUGUAUGACCUCAUGCCGAAUGGAUCUCUGGAGAAAUAUUUAUUCCCAAAAGACGAUGGAGAACUUAUCAACCUACUUUGCUGGGAGAAAUCUUAUAGAAUUGCAUUAGGUAUAGCUCGUGGGAUUGAGUAUUUACACCGAGGAUGUGGUAUGCAAAUACUACAUUUCGACAUUAAACCUCAUAAUAUUCUACUCGACAAGAACUAUAACCCAAAAGUUUCAGACUUUGGUUUAGCAAGGUCAUACUCAAUGGAUGCUAGUAUGAUUUCGGUAACACAUGGGGCUAGAGGGACUAUAGGAUACAUGGCACCCGAAUUAUUCUACAGAAAUAUCGGGGGUGUUUCCUAUAAGUCAGAUGUGUACAGUUUCGGGAUGUUGUUAAUGGAAAUGGCAGGGAGAAGGAAAAAUUUGAAUGCGUUAGCAGACAACGCAAGCCAAAUAUAUUUCCCGUCAUGGAUUUACAAACAAUUGAACCAAGGUAAUGAUAUCGAAAUGGAAGAUGCUACUCAAGAAGAAAAUGAAAUAGCAAAGAAAAUAAUCAUAGUUGGUUUGUGGUGUAUACAGCUGAAGCCUGUCGAUCGUCCUUCCAUGACUAAAGUUAUAGAAAUGUUAGAAGGAGAGCUAGGACUACUGCAAAUCCCAGACAAACCAUUUUCCAUAGCAGAUUGCGAUGGAGAUGAAGAUGUCAUGUUGGAUUCACUUGUAUGAAUUGAAAACAGUUGAAGGAGAAAUUACUGGGUCAUCAUCAAGUCAUCAAUCAAUUUGAGUCAGGUCAGUGAGUUGUAUGCAUCAACCCGAUCCCCAACUUCAUCUUCUUCACCCUUUUUCUGCUACUGUUUUUUUUUUUUUUGCCUAGUUUUUAGUCUAUGCUAAUGCAAUUAAUCGAAUUAGAUCAAACAAUUCCUCACUUUGUAGUAUGGGUUUAUCGUAAUUAUAAAAAAGCUGAA